UUCCAUUCUUUUUCUUGGGCGGAAAGUUGAUACAUUGCGAUGAGGGGAGGGGAGGGGAGAGAGUUCUGAAUUAGAUAUCCUGAAAUACACGAGACUCCUCAAAUUUCGAGACUAACGUCGAUCUCCGUGAGCCUCGUCCUCUGUCUAAACUCUAAACCCCCUCCAUAAAACCACCCUAAAACCCUAAACCGACGAACGAAAGGUUGAAAGGACUGCUAAAAGCAACUGCUCGAUUUCAUGGCGGUCACCAGCAGUAGCACUACAGCUUCUGAAGGAAUUCAAGGAACAAAAUCUUCAGCAACAAUUGUUUUAACAAACUCGCCACACAAUCAAUUCUUUGUUUGGAGAGAGUUCUUAUGGGGAGCCCUUGCUGGUGGCUUUGGGGAAGGGAUGAUGCACCCAAUUGAUACUGUGAAAACUCGGAUCCAAAGUCAAGCCAUUUUGGCUCAAAGCCAGAAUCAAAAGACUAUAUUACAGAUGGUCAGAGCUGUCUGGGGUGCUGAUGGUUUAAGAGGUUUUUAUAGAGGGGUGGCACCUGGGGUAACUGGAUCUCUUGCAACGGGUGCAACAUACUUUGGUGUCAUAGAAUCCACCAAAAAGUGGAUUGAAGAAACACAUCCGAAUCUUGGAGGUCAUUGGGCCCAUUUCAUUGCUGGUGCUUUAGGAGAUACACUUGGGUCUUUUAUAUAUGUCCCUUGCGAGGUGAUUAAGCAACGUAUGCAGGUUCAAGGAACAAAGAAAUACUGGAGUUCAGUUGUGAUGAAAGAGGGUGCAUCUGAUGCCAGUUUGAGUAUGUAUGGAUACUAUUCUGGAAUGUUUCAAGCUGGAUGUUCAAUAUGGAAAGAUCAAGGACCAAAGGGACUAUAUGCAGGGUAUUGGUCUACACUUGCAAGGGAUGUCCCAUUUGCUGGUUUAAUGGUUACGUGUUAUGAGGCGUUAAAAGAAGUAACAGAAUACGGGAGGCAAAAGUGGUUCCCUAACUCAAGAUUCCAUGUCAAUAGUUCUUUUGAGGGGCUUGUAUUGGGAGGAAUAGCUGGAGGUGUUAGUGCAUAUCUUACAACUCCUUUAGAUGUAAUCAAAACAAGACUACAAGUACAAGGCACAAUCGUAAGGUAUAAUGGUUGGAUGGAUGCAUUUCGUAGAAUAUGGUUGAUUGAAGGUGCAAAGGGUUUUUUUAGAGGAAGCAUUCCACGGGUGAUAUGGUAUGUUCCAGCUUCUGCUCUUACAUUCAUGGCUGUUGAAUUCCUCAGAGACCAAUUCAAUGAGACAAAGACACCAAACACAGAUACAGUCACUAGCUUAAUAUUAGACAAAAGUAAGCCUCCUUUGCAACAAAAUUAGAUUUACUGAGAAUAGCAACAUACUUCUAAACUAAACUAAGUGAAUUCUUUUUGGUGGGCCAUAAUAGGGUUGGCUACCAAAUUUUACUCUUUUGGUGAAUAGUAACAAGUUUCACCUUUUUGGUGAAUGUUAAUAUUCUUAAUGAAACCAUCUAAUUCAUCCACUAUAAUAAUAUUUCUCACAUAUGCUCUAUUACAA